UAUUUUUGUCGAAGGUUCGACUCGUUGAAUUUUGUCUGCGUUAAAACCUAAUGACAUCAUUCCGACUUGUGUGCAUGGUCAGCUGUGAUUGCGUCCUCUGCUAUAUUUUCCCUUUAAAUGUUAAAGGGAAGAUUUAAAAUCAUGUUGUCAAGGAGAGAGAUACGUUAUAUUCUCGCGCACAAGUGGAUUAAAAAACAAAGUAGCAGUCUCUCACAGCGAUUUCUCUCAUCUAAAGUUCAGGAAGAUGCAAGAACGCGAGAGCAAUGGAAAUCCUGCGUGGGCUUGGAGAUUCACGCUCAGAUUGCGACCAAGUCGAAAUUAUUUUCCAACGCAUCCACUAACUUUGUCAGUCCGCUUAAUUCCUGCAUCACGUUUUUCGACUGUGCCACACCAGGGACUCUGCCAGUAUUGAACAGAAAAUGCGUGGAGUCAGCAGUACUGACAGCCUUGGCAUUGUCCUGUCGACUGAACGAGCUAUCCUUGUUUGAGAGGAAACACUACUUUUAUGCAGAUUUGCCUGCAGGAUUCCAAAUUACUCAACAAGCGCAGCCAAUAGCGGUCGGUGGUGCGAUUAAAUUCUAUGUGUCCGGCCCGAGAGUGCAAAAGGCAUACUCAAAGUCCUCUAAAAUCAAACAGAUUCAAUUGGAGCAAGACAGUGGCAAAAGUUUGCACAACGAAAGUACAGGAAGGAGCUUAAUCGAUCUGAAUCGCGCCGGAAUACCUCUGAUGGAAUUCGUAUUUGAGCCAGACCUAGUCGAUGGCGAAGAAGCAGCCGCGCUUGUAAAGGAGCUUGCUUUUACUCUGCAGCUAUUGGGCGUUUGUAGCGGCAAGAUGGAAGAAGGAGCAUUUCGCGUGGACGCUAACGUCUCUGUGAGCAAUCGGGACGGAGAUUUGGGUGUUCGCACAGAAAUCAAGAACAUCAGCAGCGUGCGCGCUGUAGCGGCGGCUGUCAAGUACGAAAUAAAUAGGCAUAUUUCGAUUCUCGAAGCCGGCGGUGAAAUGUCUAACGAGACAUGCACGUGGGACGCGGUUAAGAAGAGAACUGUUCCUAUGCGCGAAAAGGAAGAGAAAGAAGAUUAUCGAUUUAUGCCCGAGACGAAUUUGCCGUCUUUGCGCAUACACGUCAGAGAAGAUUUGCCGAAUAAAAACAAUCUGGUUGAUGCUGUAUUAUUGAGACAACAGUUACCUGAAUUGCCGGAACAGAUACGUCUGCGAUUAAAGAACGUAUUCAAGAUAGCGCCUGAAACAAUCGUAGCUUUGAUGAGUGACUUCGAGUUAUUGCGAUUAUUUAAUAGAAUUAUACAGAAAGAUGAGAGGCGCGAACCGCAGCUAGCCGCAAAGUUUCUCGUCAACUUCUUAUUGACCUUCCUUUAUAAGCAUAAGUUGACGAUUGAAUUUUGCGCACCACACGACGACUUCAUUGGCCAGGUAAUUGACUUAUUACAAGACAAGUCAAUUAAUUUACUAAUAGCAAUGAAAGUUUUGGAUGUCUUAAUAACCGAGCCAAACAAACUUCCAAGAGAGAUCGUUGAAGAACACAAUUGGUUUUUAAUAUCAGACGAACAACUGUUAGAGCAAAUGUGUCUGGAAGUUAUUGAGAAAAAUCCAAAAAUUGUAGCAUUAUAUAAAAAGGGUAAGACGAAAGUAUUUAAGGCGUUAAUAGGAGAAAUAGCGAGAAAUACAAAGCAGUGUGCAGAUAUGGCUGCUGUUGCCAAAAUUAUGGAGAGGUUAUUGAAAUCGGAAUGAAACUACAGAAUUAGUUUCAUAAUUCAAGAUGUUGUAAAUAACAAUAUUCUUCAAUAAACAAAAUAUUCGAGAUAUA